GGGAGGAGUAGAAGAGGAUUCGGCAUCGGAGGAAGAUUGGGCUUCACAGGCUUUCGAUUUCGUUGCAGUUGGGGGGCUUCGGAAUUUGACGCAAUUGCGAGCAGGGUUGCUUCGGAGCCUUCUUUCCUACCUGCUGUGGUCAGGUGAAUGCAUGAAUUAGGGAUGGCAAGGUGAUUAAAGUGCGACUGGAUGAAUUCCUCACGGAAUAUAACACGACGAGGUUAAGUUCAUUUGUUCUAUAAUUGUAGAAAUCAAAACCAGAGGAUUUGAGUAUGGGUAGGCUAUACUUGAUUCAGCUCGACGGCCGCGUCUAUAGUUGCCGGUAUUGCCGCAGUCACUUGGCCCAAUGCGACGAGCUGGUCUCGAAGGUAAUGUCAUUCCACUGUCGACAUGGGAAGGCCUACCUCUUCAAUACAGUGGUGAAUGUUUCACUCGGGCCACAAGAAGAUCGCCUGAUGACCACAGGCAAACACACUGUGGCAGACAUCUGCUGCAAUUGUUGUCAGCAGGUCGUGGGCUGGAAAUAUGAAUCAGCCUUCGAAAAAAGUCAGAAAUAUAAAGAGGGCAAAUUCAUUCUGGAACGGGCUAAGAUGAUCGAUGGGGAUGGAGCCAGCUUCUAUUUGGAUGCCCACGAAGUGGACAGUGAUGCAGACAAUGAGUAGAAAAUGUUCUGCUUAUCCAGCCAAUGGCUUAGGUUAAAGGUGUGAAUACUUUGCAGUGGGUGGAUGGUGGCUUCAGCUUGGUGGUUUUAGCAUGUUUUAGUUUUACUUGUCUUAAAGUCUCUACACUGGUCCCCUAUUUCCGUCUUCUUUAUCCUCUGGUUGCAGCAUGCCUGUUCCCAGAGUCUACAAAUACUAGAUCGGUUUACUAGCUUUUUUUGGUUUGGUGUGUCAUGUACAAACUCCCGAGAGCCUAUGUGUCCUAUUCACUGGAGCUACUCCUUUAAAAUUAAUGUAAAUAUUUUCUAAUUUUUUACUUAUAACUGU